GGCGGGGCGGGGGCGGUGGCGGGCGGCUGCGAGGAAGAGCUGGCGGUCGGUGGCGGCGGCGGCGGCGGCGGCGGCGGGCCAUGGCGGAGGUGGAGGCCGGCGGCGACGAGGGCCGCUGCGUGCGGCUGAAUGCCAAGCGGGCCCAGGAGCUGCUGGCCGACGUGGACACGGUGCUGUUCGACUGCGACGGCGUGCUGUGGCGCGGUGAGACGGCGGUCUCCGGCGCGCCCGAGACCCUGACGGCGCUGCGGGCCCGCGGCAAGCGCCUCGGCUUCAUCACCAACAACAGCAGCAAGACCCGCGAGGCCUACGCCGAGAAGCUGCGGCGCCUGGGCUUCGGCGGCCCGACGGGGCCCGACGCCGGCAGCGAGGUCUUCGGCACGGCCUACUGUACCGCGCUCUACCUGCGCCAGCGCCUGACCGGUCUACCGACCCCCAAGGCCUACGUGCUGGGCAGCGUGGCCCUGGCCACCGAGCUGGAGGCCGUGGGCGUCUCCUGCGUGGGCGUGGGGCCCGAGCCGCUGCAGGGCGACGGCCCCAGCGCCUGGCUGGAUGAGCCCCUGGAGCCUGAUGUGCGCGCCGUCGUGGUGGGCUUCGACCCACACUUCAGCUACAUGAAGCUCACGAAGGCUGUGCGCUACCUGCAGCAGCCCGGCUGCCUGCUCGUGGGCACCAACAUGGACAACCGGCUCCCACUCGAGAACGGCCGCUUCAUCGCGGGUACCGGCUGUCUGGUCCGAGCCGUGGAGAUGGCCGCGCAGCGCCAAGCCGACGUCAUAGGGAAGCCCAGCCGCUUCAUCUUCGACUGCGUGUCCCAGGAAUAUGGCAUCAACCCGGAGCGCACCAUCAUGGUGGGUGAUCGCCUGGACACAGACAUCCUCCUGGGCGUCACUUGUGGUCUGAAGACCAUCCUGACCCUCACUGGGGUCUCCACUCUGCGGGAUGUGAAGAGUAAUCAGGAAAGUGACUGCCUGUCUAAGAAGAAAAUGGUCCCUGACUUCUAUGUUGACAGCAUAGCCGACCUUUUGCCUGCCCUUCAAGGUUAAAGAUUUAGUGUCUUUAAUCUCCAGAAUAAAAAAAAAUUGAAAAUCACCCAAAUUAAUAGGUGGGGCUUAAGCAUCACUCAGCUAGGUGGCUUCAAGUUUGCUUACUUGGAGUUAAGCAAAGGUACUAGUUGUUAACCUUGUAAGUAAAUGUUUGGGGGGUUGGAUUUUUACAAAUGCUUAUAUUUUAAGAUGCACUUUUAAGCUUGGAGGGCAUUGUGGGGGUCCUGGGCCUUAGGUGCCAAUUGGUCUUGCAGUUGGGUUCAGCAUAUGUCUAGGAUUCAGGUAACCUUGGGGCCUGCUAAUGGGACUGAGGUGGGUCUAGGGGUGUCAUGUAUUUUAUUGAAAAUUUCAGGGAUCUUGGGGAGGAGGGGCUGAUUAUUUUGACUGUUGUGAGAAACCCAGGGCCCCGUCUGUGUGGUCAUCAGCAGAGGAGUCUACUGCUGCCUCAGCCCCUCACCUGCAGGUUGGGAGUGGAGAAAAGGGCUGGUCUCAGGUGGUGUCUCCCUGUCCAUGGGGUGUGGGUGCUGCCCUCACCACCACCCCACACUUCCUUAAAAACCACUCUGAUGUCACAAUUGAGUGUAUGUUCCGUUUUAGAUACCCAGGGCUGCAACUCCUCAUGCACGAUUGUGCAGUUCUGUAAACUCAGCCUGGCUAAACCUCAUCUUUUCCAAAUGUGCAUAUAAACCCAGGUGACUUGGACUGAGCAUAUUGUUUGCUGAGCGCCAGGAGGGUAUGAAUGCCUUCGUUGAACUCUGGGCUGCCGUGCAGGGAGCUCAGAGCAGCAUUGGUACCAAAAGUUUUUUUAACUUUUGAACAACUUUGUCAGGUGGUGGAAUUGAACCGUAAGCGUGUCGAUUAAUAGCUGUGCUCUGUCUUGUAGGGAAAAUCCCACUGAAGAAGUCUCCGUGCCCCGCAGCCAGCAGUAUGGCCAAAGGCAUGUGCUGGCUAAGGAAUGCUUGUCACCCAAGGCUCCCUCUGGGUAGAGGAGGAAAGAGGUGUCCCUCAAAACAGGAAGUCGUUUUACAGAGCAUCCAGUCUUUUCCUGUCUUGGUUGGGAUGGGUGUCAUAUGUCAAUGGUCCAUGAGGCCACCUAUUUUGACCCUGGAGUCCCUUGUCAGUUGCCAUCUGGAGGACUGGAAGGGUCCACUGGCUAGCCAAGGGUUUUUGGCAGGGGGCCGUGCUUUUUCUGCCUGUUCCCUAAGUUGCUGACCGUUGAGAAUAGGCCUGAUAAGCAGACUCUCUGGCCGCACUUGUAGGGUAGGGCCUGGGAAGCUGUUCCUUUUGGCCGACUCCUUCCUGGCGCCUCGCCCUGCACCCAGUGGCAUCUGCCCAGAUCCUGUGACUUUUCUCCUAGCCCCAGGGUCACAGUGCUCCUUCAUUAACUCUCGUAAGAGUGCUCAGAGCAAUAAAGGGUGUCCUGAGCCUCCAGCUCCCCCCAGGCCUGGGUGUCUGGGGUUCGGACUCUGCCGUGGGCAACACGAGGGCAGCGGGCGCCUGUGAGGUUGGUGGUGCUGACGUUGGCUCUGCGAGGUCGGCUCAAGGUGGGUCAGGAUAUUGAGCAGGCCUGUCAGGGCGUUGUCACCCACACCAGGAACACGCGGCAGGUGCAGCAGCCAGCAACACCUCCCUUUUCUGCUGGGCGGCGGCCCGGGAGCCCUGUGCAUCAUGUCUACACCCCAUUGCACUGUGUGAACCCAAAGGUAUAUUAAACUCUCAAACCCCA